GUAGAACGGAAAAUGCAAUUCUAAAUUCUUUAACCAUGUGUGGAAAAUAAAUGAAGGGGGGAAAAAGUGGCGAUUUAGCGUAGCGUGAUCGUUACUCGAGAGCCUCACAUCGAUAACCGCAUCUAGAGCCCCUUUACCUGUUCGUCGUCGACCACACCUGUACUGUUGUUUACAUGCCCGUAUUAUUUCAGGAUAUUCCUUUUUAUCAGCCUUCUAACAUCUGUAGAUGCUUGUGAUCGCCUUCGGUAUUGCUCCAUACAAUUGGAUAAGCUUCAACUACUUGUGAUAAUUCUCAAAAUUUGGAUAAGGCAAUGGAACUGUACGUCGUCUGUCUGUUAGCUGUUAUGAUCUUAGCUGCUAUCAUCAUUCAAGGAAUCUAUUGUGGAUUGUUUUGUUUCUAUCCCAUUGCACCAGGAGUUAAACCUUUAAUAUACAUAAGACCAUCAACCAGAUCACGUAAAGAUGUAUAUGAUGUGGAGGUUCCUUUAGAAAAAGUUACAAGCAUGCCAGCAGAAGAAGAGAAAGAAAAAGAGAGCCAGACAGAUGUCUGACGUCUGAUUGGAUAUAAAUCCUGUUACGUGACCAAGUAUUUUUCUUGUAACCUUUUAUAUAAACAGAACUGUAAAAUGUAUUAUAUUUACAUGCCUAUAUACAUCAUGUGCAUACAUUUUAUAGUACAAAUUAGUAAUUAAUUAAGUAUUCCAAUGGAAGUAAAUCGAGUUUUUCAAAUAUUAUUAUUAUUUU